UAAAGAAAAAAUUCUACGACUAUCCAAAGAACAAAUACACAUUAUGAAAUCCGUAGUUCAUCACACAUACAAUUCCUCACUACAUCUAGAUCAAACACAACAAAAUAUGUCCCGAAAUAUACAGAAACUACUAUCGCAAAGUCAAAUGAAUGCUGAUAAAAUCAAUUUAGUAGAAUUCAUUUCUACUCUAGCUGAACAUACAGCCACCAUAACUCUACUACUUAGCCAAUACAGUUGGGAAACUCAGAACCUCCUUGCUAUAGUUAACUCAGCUCUAAGUGGUCGAUUACAUUCUAGUAUCCUACCUCCUAAUAUCCUACUUAAUGAAUUGAAAGAAAUCCGUCUUAGUUUACCAUCAACCCUUGAACUCCCAGUUUCUAUCUAUUCUACAAGUCUAACUGAUUUGUUCAAGAUAACUACUAUUGAUGCAUUAUAUAUUAAUUAUACUUUGAUUUUUAAUUUAAAAAUCCCUUUAUUGUCUAAUUUAGAUUUUAAUUUAUUUCACCCCAUAUCCUUGCCUAUACCACAAGGAAAUCAAAAUUUUAUUUUUAUUGUAACCGAAUCUAAGUAUUUAGCUUUAAGUAGAAAUAAUGAUUAUUAUUUUUCUUUAUCAGAUCUUCAACUUUCAAAUUGUUUUGAUUUAAAUAAUUUUAAAUUGUGUAAGUACCCUAAAGCACUAUAUCGUCAUUCCAAAACUAAAAAUUGUGACGUAAAUCUAUAUUUUAAACCUAAUUAUCCAAUUGUCAAUUGUAAUCUUAAGUAUCGUAAAUUGUUCAUUCCCAUAUAUCAUAAAUUAGAAACUCAAAACUCUUGGUUAUAUGUGACUCCUACAGAAACUCAUAUGACACUCAAAUGUAAUAAUGUACAGAACCUCUUUUCUAUUAAUACCAUUGGUAAAAUAACAGUGGAUAAGUCUUGUACUGUGAGUACCGAAACUUCAGUAUUAUUACCAUCUCAAAACAUUAUUUCUCCUGAACCGUUAACAGAAAAUAAUUUCAUUCAAGAUUUGAAUCAAUUAGCAGAUGACAGAUCUCAAUAA